AUGCAGCAUUAAACUAGUAGAAUUGCUAACUAUUUAAACCUAAGCCACUCUCAGUUAGAUAAUAGAUGGGUAAUUUAUUAGAAGAAUAAAGCAGCUUAGUUACCUAUGCAAACUCCAAGAGUAUAGUUAAAGGGUCUUACUACUCCAACAAAAAUUGAAGGGGCUUCAAAGUAUGAUCUCGUUUUUUAUAUAGCCCAUUAUUAGAUUAGCAGCUGCAGUUUUAUUCAUUUAAAUCCUACAGAAUCUCCACUGAAAUAAUAAAUGAUCCUCCUCUAGACCAAAUAUAAGUGAUAUUGAGAGAAAAUGAGAGACUAAAACGAUCAUUAAAUUAAAAAUAACAUAUUAUAGAAACAUUAACUAGAACUCGAAAAGUUAAACCAAGAUUUGACUUUAAUGACUUUAAAACUAACUCCAGAUCUCUUGUUUAACCACAAAGUUAAUAGGAAUCUAUAAAACCAAAGAAUAUUGAAGUUAAAUAGCCCAUCUCUUAAAAUUAUAAUAAACGCAUUAAAUUGCCAAAAAUCGAGGAUUCCAUACCAAACAAUGAAGAUGAAUGUAAUUUCACAUUUGCCAAUAAUUUUUUCAAUAAUAAUACUUGCAAAAAUUAAAAGAUCAACUUCAAAUAAGUGUUUACAUAAGCUCAUUUGAAGAAAAAAUUUUUCACUUGA